CGACAACCGACGGUUGGUCACUUCCUAUUCUCUUACCACCACCAUCUCAUCCACAAUGUCUCUUGAUAGUAUCCGCUCUCCUCUCGUAUGGAGCUCCCAGCUCACCACGAUGAAGGUCCCAGUGCCUACGGAGGAGACCAAGUUCAUGAGAAAGACGUCCAUUAUCGCGACCAUUGGUCCCAAGGUCAACACUGUCGAGAAACUCGCCGAGCUCCGCAAAGCUGGCGUCAAUGUCGUCCGAAUGAACUUUUCCCAUGGCUCAUAUGAGUAUCACCAGAGUGUCAUUGACAACACCAGGAAGAUGGUUGCAGCUGAUCCCACGGGCAGGCCUGUGGCUAUCGCUCUCGACACAAAAGGUCCUGAAAUCCGUACGGGGUUGAUGAGGGAUGGCAUGGAUAUCGCCAUCUCUGCCGGACAUGAGUUUAUCGUCUCUACCGACGAAAAGUACAGCGAAAUCUGUGACGAUAAGGUUAUGUGGGUUGACUACAAAAACCUUCCCAAGGUCACAGCUCCGGGGAAACUGAUUUACGUUGAUGACGGCAUUCUCUCCCUUCUCGUCACUGGCAUCGAUGGAACGAAUGUGCACGUCCGCACGCUCAACAAUGGUACCCUUUCGUCUCGCAAGGGAGUUAACCUUCCCAAGACGGCAGUUGAUCUUCCUGCCCUUUCUGAGAAGGACAAGGCUGAUCUUAAGUUCGGUGUUAAGAAUGGCGUCGAUAUGAUCUUCGCUUCCUUCAUCCGCCGCGCAGAGGAUGUCAAGCAUAUUCGUGAGGUGCUUGGCCCCGAUGGCGCAAACAUCAAGAUCGUCGUGAAGAUCGAAAACGAGCAAGGUGUGGCUAACUUUGACGAGAUCUUGAAGGAGACGGACGGUGUCAUGGUCGCACGUGGUGACCUCGGUAUUGAGAUCCCGGCUAGCCAGGUGUUCUUGGCGCAGAAGAUGAUGAUCGCAAAGUGUAACAUUGCGGGUAAGCCUGUCAUUGUGGCCACACAGAUGUUGGAGUCCAUGACAUACAACCCUCGUCCCACACGCGCGGAAGUCAGCGAUGUGGCCAAUGCUGUUUUGGAUGGUGCGGAUUGUGUUAUGCUUUCCGGAGAGACGGCCAAAGGGUCGUACCCCAUUCAGUCGGUGCUGAUGAUGGCGGAGACAUGUCUAUUGGCUGAGGCAGCUAUCUGUUACCCUCCUCUAUACGACGACCUCCGGACCAUCCAACCCCGACCAACACAUACCGCGGAGACGGUUGCCAUUGCUGCUGUCGCCGCCGCAGAGGAGCAAAACGCAAGUGCACUCUUGGUGUUGUCGACAAGUGGAGAAACCGCGAGGUUGAUCUCCAAAUACAGGCCUAGGGUUCCCAUUCUCACCGUGACCCGAAACCAGCAAACUUCGCGCCAGAUCCACUUGCACCGUGGAUGCUACCCAUUCUGGUACCCCGAGCCAAGAGGUAUUCAGGAACAUCAGUGGCAAAAGGAUGUCGACAAUCGUAUCCGCUUUGGCCUCCGCAAUGCCUUGGCCUUGAAGAUCAUCACCCCAGGCUCGGCCGUCGUCGCCGUUCAAGGCUGGAAGGGUGGUUUAGGUCACACCAACACGCUGAGGAUCAUCAACGUCCCCACUGAUGCGGCCGACUUGGAGUUGGAGCCUCUGGGUGGUUAAAGGGUCGUAGACGGAAGGUUCAAAUUAAAAAUACAAAUUUCUCGCUCUGCUACUGACUGAUAUAUCUUUGCUGUAACAACAUGAUUAGACUUUUUGAUACAGGUUUCUUAGAGAUUUUAGACUGCAACAAUGGAAUUAAAGCGCUCGUUAUGGGCGCACCAAUGAUACUUAUGGAGCGUCGACCACACGUAUCCUUUGUCCAGAGCGUGUUAUGAAUGUACGUACCGAAGUAUGAAUGCUGAGCUCAGUAAUGUGCAUCAUGGCUGGUACAUUCUUCGGAUGUCAUACGGUCGCAUUGUUGUCUCCGUCUUCCAUUCAAUGAGUGUCAUCACCUUGGUACUGUAUGUAGCCUUGCACAACGCACAUGAUCGUUUAAGAACCAAAUGGUCGACA